UGCACCCUGCGAACUAACCGGCCAACAGCGAGCGGUUACACAGCGCCUCGUGGUCUCGCAGCAGGCUAAACUUUGCAUCGUGACUCCCAAUGGAACCCGUAGGACAGAAGAAGCUUUUUAGCACUCGGAUACCUUUGCCGGACACCGCGUAGCGGGCACACCCUGUCCGUGAAAAGGAAGAGGAACCGAAGCCCGCAUCCCUCGGCACGCGGUGUUUAUAAGCGACGGGAGGCGCCGGGCGGGAGCUGCGGGGGGAGGAGAGGAGGAGCCCGUUGGAUCCCAUAUCCUGCGAGUGAAUGAGGCAGCCCCGAGAGCGGGCAGGGCGAUUCCUCUUCCCCAAGGAAAGAAAGAAGAGAGGGCAGCUGUAUUUCUGGUGGUGAGACAACGAAAUCCGGGCGGGGCUCCUUUCCCUCCUCGUUUCUGGGCUUAUUGGCUGGAUUUGUCAGGAAGGCAAUCAGUGCCUGAGAAGAUCUGACUGAGUCAUAGCGUUCACUUCAGGAUGCCACAAAGGGAAGAACUCAUCUGCAAGUCUUGCCUUUCAGAGCUGCCUGCUCUCUUCCAGUACAAGAAGGUUUUUGAAAGAGAUGACUUGUGAAAACCGUGCAGGAAGCUGGGUUUGUGAUACCGAGUGAAAGACAUCAUGCCUUACAGCGGACACUUAUCCUGAAGGACUGACGCUGUGCUCUCAGAGCAAACUGCAAGCACUCUUUAUAAACAAAACAAGGGAGACAAAAGUAAUUCUGAUCCUGAACAGGAAUAAAAAUUACAAGAACUGCAUCAGAAUGUUUGUUAGUCCCAGAAGAGUCAGAAAAUGCCAGUUCUUGCAGAUCUUUGCCACUUGCUUCAUACUGUGUGUCAUGAUUUUUUGGGGACCAUUUGAUAAUAGCUUUGUAAGCCACAUGAAGUCCUAUUCAUACAGAUACCUCAUAAACAGCUACAACUUUGUGAAUGAAAGCCUGUCCAUCAGUAGGGAUAACAUGGACAGAGCAGCAAGCUACCAGUACUUGAUGAACCACAGAGAGAAAUGUCAACAUCAGGAUGUCCUUCUCCUGUUGUUUGUGAAGUCUUCUCCUGAAAACCGUCAUCGCAGAGAUGCAAUUCGACAGACUUGGGGUAAUGAGAAAUACGUUCGUUCUAAACUUAAUGCCAACAUUAAAACUCUUUUUGCUUUGGGACAACCAACAAAUCAUUUGCGGCAAAGAGACCUUUAUCUGGAAGACCAGGAAUACCGUGAUUUGAUUCAGCAAGACUUCUUGGAUACUUUUCACAACCUUACUACUAAACUUCUUCUACAGUUCAGCUGGGUAAAUGCCUACUGUCCUCAUGCCAGGUUUAUUAUGUCUGCAGAUGAUGAUAUAUUUAUCCAUAUGCCAAAUCUUGUUGCUUAUCUCCAAAGUCUAGCACGAAUGGGCGUUCAGGAUCUCUGGAUUGGCCGUGUCCACCGUGGAUCCCCUCCCGUAAGAGAUAAGACUAGCAAAUACUAUGUUCCAUAUGAAAUGUACCAGUGGCCCUCUUAUCCUGACUACACAGCAGGAGCUGCGUAUGUAAUAUCGAGUGAUGUAGCAGCUAAAGUAUAUGAGGCUUCAUUGACUCUCAAUACCAGUCUUUAUAUAGAUGACGUCUUCAUGGGCCUCUGUGCCAACAAAAUGGGGAUUGUACCACAGGAUCAUGCCUUUUUUUCUGGGGAAGGAAAGGCUCCGUAUCAUCCUUGCAUUUACAACAGAAUGAUGACAUCUCACGGACAUGUGGAUGACCUUCACUAUCUCUGGAAGCAGGCUACCGAUCCCAAAGUUAAAAAGCUUUCCUCGGGACUCUGGAGUAGAAUAUACUGCAGAAUAGUUAAUGUUAUGCUUCUCUGUAAACUGUACUAUGAGAACACAUAUCCUUGUUCAGCUGCAUUUUCUUAAUACUUGAAUGUCUGUGUUGAAGAUCCACUGAGCCAAAACAGAGCAACAACUUUUUUUUGCUGUUUAUUCAACAUACACGUAAAUGUGAAUAGCUGGGGUGGGGUUGGGAGGGUGGGAUAGGAAAUGAAGCAGGGUAGUGGGAGGAUGGUGCUGAGUUUUGUUCAGAAACUGUUAUUGGAAUAGCUCUCCUGUUGUACCACAACUUUCUACAUUGUAGCCUGCUUUUAUUAAUAUUCUUUUUGUUUUCACACUCUUCACAGGAUGAGAGUCUGAAUUGUAUGAUCAUUAAAAGAACUCUAAUGGACCUCUAGUCUUUGAAAUAGUUGGUGAAAAUAUUAAUUAUUUUGAAUUUGUUAGCAAGUCCUAAGGGUUUUUUCUCAUAAAAGGCUGUGGCAUAUGAUUUUUAAAAAGUCUACUGCAUGAAAAUGAAGUAGGCCUUUCAGAACGAGAGGAAGGUAGAACUUGUGACUCAGUUUAGCAGUUCAAGGCAAUGUAAAUUGGUUACAUAUAUUCAGUAUUUUUGAAUGCUUCAUGGAAAGUACAAUAUGCCUGGACCUGCACCACUGACAAAGUGCAGGAAGUAUAGACCUGCUACAGUCUAUUUAUUACUCAAAGCCCCCUCCAUCUCUGAAGUAAGGAAACGGUGUCUGAGUGCCCUUUAACUUGGUUCUUCUAAGUAGCAAAUGAGCUCCCUACAGAUCAGAAGUGAACUGGAAAGGAUGAAAAUCUAGUGCCUAUGGCAGAGCUCUGUCUUCUGAAAACUGAAGCUGUAUACUUAAUAAGAUAAUAUACUAGGUACGUUUAAGACUGGUUUUCUUCUAACAGUGGUUCUGCUUUCUCUUGUUCAUGGUCCUAAAGGUGAAAAGCAAGUGAAAGUCAUAGCUGUGUUCCUUGAGAGUGUUAUCUAUAGCCAAUUUGAAGCGGUUAGUGAUUUUUGAAGAGCAAAGUUUCAUGUUUAGCAUUUGUUAAAUUGUUAAAUAAGGAGAAUCUUUUCUGCACAAAGGUUUGAUGUAAUGGUGAAGGGUGAGGGAGAUGGAGAGCCACAGAAACUCAGUACACAAAAUCAAAGUCACUCAAGUCUUUUCCUGAAGAGAAAAGAUUCUUUAUGAUGUCCCCAAAACCCUGUCUCUUGAAUAGAGCUAAGUGUUAAUAUCACAUGCAGGAAGAACUAAAUACCUGUGCAUUGUAAAUCUAGGUAGUGCUGAAACUCUGGGCAUUGAGUUGUAUUGUGGUGCCAUCUAAAUCUUGUUUAAAAACAAACAAACAAAACCACAUGGUUUUAAGAUGUCUGCAGUCUUUUCUUGUAUAACUUCCUAAUAGUGUCUUUACAGGACAGGUAACUUGGUUGUGGUAGCUCUCCCUGGAGCAGGUACAGGCUAUGCAAUGCAAAGGGCAGUCAGAUAUUGUUUGUGAACUGAUUCAAUAGUGGAACAAGCUGCAGUGUAGGUAGUGUCAUAAAACUACUUCUGGAAGAUUGAAUGAGUCAAGUUUAUCAGCACAGCAACCUAAAAGCUUGCAGGGUACCAACAAUCCAUCACAGUCUUGGGAUCUGCUGGUAAUGUACUGCCUAUAGAAGCAACACUCCUUGCUUUUUGAGAUGUCUAAAGCUGGCCUUCUCUAUCUGAAGUAUCUUGCUGUUGUGUGAAGCAGUGAAGUAUUUAACGUCUGCUACCUUCAUUUUAGAGCAGUUGUAUGUGGCAUGGCAGGUUUAAGUGGUAACUGUUUAAAUCACUGCUGCUUUUCUGUGAGCUGUGCUGUGGUUUUAAUGAUUUGAGUGGCUAACUAUAUAGGCUAGCAGAGAUAAAAAAGCAGCAGUGAGAUUGCUGACUGUUCCUGAAACUGCUAUUUCAGAUGGAUGUUGAGUAGCUACUAGGUUUAAGUGAAAAUGUACCUUCACAAAUGGUUUUCCAAGAGGAAAAUAGUAAUUUAACUGGACAAAAUGUUACGUAUGUACAGAUCACAAACUCAUUUAUCAAUAUUAAAAUAAUUGGACUGCAACAGUUGUACUCUAGAAAAACAAACACAGCUCAUGUUCUUCCCUGAACAAACUGAUUACAACUUGAGCAUUGUUGUUUCCUUUUUUUAAUGAGAACAACAAGAGAAACCUAGAUCUCUAACCUGCUGGCUCUGUGUAGGUGCAGGUGGGGGAAUGCACACAGAAUGUUGUGUUCAGUACUUGAAGGAAAGGUUCUUCAUCAGAUCUCAGACCUGUUGCGGGCCAUUGAAGUCAAUAAUAUGCACAGUAAAAUGGCACAACUGGAAACGCCUCCCCAGUCACUUCAGGGUAAAGAGGGUCUUGAAAUUUAUACACAACCCAAGUCUUCUAUUAAGACUACAAUUCUUCUAGCGUAACUAUGCAUUAGGAUUUGUUUUCACUCAUAGAAGCAGAGUUGAAAUUGUAAGUAUUUUAAACUCCUAUAGUGGCCUAGGUAACAUCUAAAACACUACUUAAAUGUAACUUGCUGUUAUUUGAAACUCACUUUUGACCAUUGAAGUGUUGUUUUGUGGCUAAUUUAAAUUUUGUUUGGGUGGUUUCUUCAAAGGGCCUUGGUGUUUGUAGUUUGCAUUUUUGUUUGCUGCAGUGAAAAAGGAGGCUGCUUGUGAAUGGAAAGUAUAAAUGCACUUCUUUCAAAAAAACAAAAAAAGGAAAAAUAAAGAAAAACAACUUUCUGGUUCUAAACACGAACUUAACGUUUGUACACCUUUAACUAGAACCUCUUUUAAUAACCAUCUUGGUGCUCCAAUGCAGGGCUGUCAGGUUUUACUUCUACAGGUAAAACUGUAUCAGCUUGAGCUGUCAUGCCUCAUUAAGAGUUUGACGUUGUUGCACAGCGUGUUUGAUGCUAAAAUUGUUUUUACCUGUUUGUUCGAUUUGCAUCAAUUUCCCUUUGAUAUUACUAAUUUUUAUACAAAGUGUUCAAUAUUUAUUCUUAAACUUUGCUCUGUACCACACAAAGACAAUUGUUUUGUAAAAUCUGAUUUGAAUAAACAGAUUUGUUUCUUUUCUUUUUUAAAAAAAUAAA